UUUCGAAAUGACGCCAGUAGCCUGGAGAAAGAUGCGAUCUGCAGCGAUCGUUCUGUAAACAGCGCGAGCAACAAAUUUACGGGCCAGGUGUAAUCCAUCCACCGAGGUUAAAUAACAAGUGCGUCCAUCCAAGCACACAUAGUUUGCGGAGAGCGGCGGAAAUAGAAGGAUAUUAGGAGGAGGUGUGCUGUGUGUGUGUGUGCUAGACAAAGCGAACGCCUGCAAAAAGGUGGUGUGCGUGUGUGUUGACUGGAUUGUCCGUUUGCCGGGAAAGCCGAGCGACGCAGUAAACAUCCAACAAAAUGUCUACCGAUUCGCGGAAAAUCCGUGUCGCGGUGCGCGUUCGCCCGUUCAACGAGCGGGAACUGGAGGGCAAUCCGCGAAACAUCAUCAAGGUUCUCGACAAGUCGACGCUAAUGUUCGAUCCGGACGAGGACGAGGACGAAUUCUUCUUCCACGGCGUGAAGCUCACGCACCGGGACAUAACGAAGCGCGUGAAGAAGAAGCUCACCAUGGAGUACGACGACGUGUUCGACAAUACGGCUACCAACAACGACAUCUUCGAGGUGUGCAUGAAACCGCUCGUACAGUCGGUGAUGAACGGGUACAACUGCUCGGUCUUUGUGUACGGUGCGACCGGGGCAGGCAAAACGCACACCAUGCUGGGGAACGAAACCUGCCCCGGCAUCACCUUCCUCACCGUGAAGGAGCUGUUCCGCCAGAUCGAAUCGCUCAGCGAGGUGCGCAAGUUUGACAUCGGCAUCUCGUACCUGGAGGUGUACAACGAGCUGGUAAUGAAUCUGCUCACCAAAACCGGCCCGCUGAAGCUGCGCGAAGAUUCGCACGGCGUGGUGGUGAGCGGGCUGGUGCUGAAGCAGAUACACAACGCUACGGAGCUGCUGGAGCUGCUGGCGCUGGGCAACCGCAACCGAACGCAGCAUCCGACGGACGCAAACGCGGAAAGCAGCCGCAGCCAUGCGAUCUUCCAGGUGCACAUCCGCAUGGUGGAGAAGAAGACGGGCCAGAAGCGCGCGGUGAAGCUGUCGAUGAUCGAUCUGGCGGGCAGCGAGCGUGCCGCCAGCACCAAGGGCAUCGGGAUCCGGUUCAAGGAGGGUGCGAACAUUAACAAAUCGCUGCUCGCGCUCGGCAACUGCAUUAACAAGCUGGCGGACGGGUUGAAGCACAUCCCGUACCGCGACUCGAACCUGACGCGCAUCCUGAAGGACAGCCUCGGGGGCAACUGCCAGACGGUGAUGAUCGCCAACAUCUCGCCGUCGUCGCUGACGUACGACGAUACGUACAACACGCUGAAGUACGCGUCGCGAGCGAAGAAGAUCCGAACCACCGUCCGGCAGAACAUUGUCCCGUCGAACGUGCCGAAGGAGUUCCUGGUGAAGAAGGUGAACGAGCAGGCGGAGGAGCUCGAGCGGCUGAAGGCGAAGGUGGCCGACCUGGAGGAGCAGCUGCGCAAGAAGGAGCAAGAGGCGGCGACGGCGGCCCCUGGCCCAUCGCUGGCGCUUAACGCCACGUUGCUCAACACCUGGGUGUCGCGCAUCGACAGCUGCUACGCCAGCAUGCGCCAGGCGCUGCAGCACCUGAUCGCGCUGAAGAGCAAGGAGAAGCUGCUGAACAUGCGCGUCAAGCUGAAGGAACAGGCGGAAACGAUUGCGCGCAUUGUGACGCUCGACGGAAGCCAUCUGAAUGAGGACAUUGCAAAAAUGGAAGCGUCCGUCGACCGGUGCGGCAAGCAGGUCGCCAACCAGCAGGCAGACAAAACCCGCUGGCAGGAACGGUUCCGCCAGUCGCUGCGCAGUCGCAACGCACUCCGAAAGGAGAUUGCGCAAAGCGAGCUGGCCACGGUGCUGAAGGGCAUUCUGACGGGCAAGGAUGCGGAAAUCGAGGCGCUGCAAGCGACGCUCUACAAGGAGCACGUGCUGCAGAUGUCGUUUACCUACGCGCAGGAAAACAAGCUGUGGCACAACAUAAUGGUGCUCAGCGGCGACAUCAUACAGCAGAACUAUCUGCUGCUCCGUAGCAUGGACCGGCUGGACAAUGUGACGUACGACAAGCUGAAGCGGCUGGUGAAGCUAAACCAGCGACAGCGGGGCGUCACCUUCUUCGACGACGACUGCCAGCAGCAGGACCGGAACGACAUCGAUCUCAGCAGCAACAGCCUGGACGACAUCGCCAACCUGUCCGACUGUUCCGAGGAUGCGGUUGACUUCCCGCCGGACGGUGAGGAUGAGGAUGGCUCGACGAUGCUCUCUGUCGUCGGUGGAGCAGCGGGUGGUGCUAUGAAACGGUCGAAGCUGAACGAUGGCAGCGAGUCGGAACCGGAUACGUGUUCGCUGCAGGGCGAUAGCGCAAACGAGGACACUGCCACCGAACGCAACAUUUUCAAAAAGCCCAAAAUGGUUAGCCGAACGAUGUCGUUCAAGACCACCAGCUUGGCCGGGGGUGGCAUUUUGUCGCGGCCACCCAUCUCCCGCCGGACACCGACGAAGCAGGCAAAAGCGAUGGGCAAGAUGACGGCGACGACGACGACGGCACCCGUUUCCCAUCGCCUCAAGGUGCCACGGUUGGUCGUGAGCCAAGCGAUGAUGGACUCCUUGUCGAAGAAGAAGGUACCACAGUCACCGUCGAGCGACAUCGCGGACAAGAACAAGCUGAACGUGUCGGACGACUCGAGCGGCAUCGGCAGUAUCGCCAACUCGACGUUUGAUAUCGGCAGCAGCAAGGACUCGGAAACGGAGUCACUGUUUUCCAACGUGCUUGUGGAAUCGAACGUUGACCCGCAGGUGUUGGAUAAAGUGCUGCGCCGUGCUUCAAUGAAGGGAGGCAAAAUGACCCUCUCGGUUAGCAAGGAAAACAGGAAAAAGAGCCCCAAGCGGAUAGGGAAAAGUCCUCGCACCGUUAACCGAUCGACCAGCCGAACAAAUUCUUCCGCCAGCUCGGUCAUCAAUCGGUACCGGAUGAUGAAGGCAAAGGACGGGCAUGCGUCAACUAGUGGUGGUACCUCUGCCGCACUGCCCAAACCACGUGCAGCGAACAAUAACUUCGACAGCGACAGUGACCGAAAUCGUCACAAUCGGCUGAUGGGCAUUGUGAAGAAAUAGAAGUGAAGAAUCAAUGGCGGAAUAGCAGCAGCAGCGGCGGCGGCUGCAUGACCGGAAAAAGCAGACCAAGUGAAUGAUUUAUUUUAUUUAUAGCUUACAUUAGCUUACAGCUUAAUGGCUUUACUACUACUACUACUACUACUUUUUGCACAUUGCACUACGCAUGGUGCGCGGUGAUUGUUAUAUAUUUUGUAUUGACUAUUAGAUAAAGCGAAUAAUACAAUCAAACUGUGCUGUA